AUGUAUCGCAGAAGAGUUCCUGAAGAGGGCCAGUCUGCCCCAUUCUCGCCCACCCUCGCCUUCUCUUAUCCUCCCCCCUCUUCCUCUGGACUCGGUAUGACCUCACGUUUGGACCAUCCGGGUAUGUCUAGCCUUCCCCAUCAUCAGAGGCAGUACGUUGCUGUAAGAAAUCCAGCCUUCGCUCAAAGCCCUUCUCGUGAAGACGAGACCGAAUACGACCCUGCAGAAACACCUACUCCCACUCUCAUGGACCCUAUGGGACAGCGUCGCAUUAUUCCGCAGUCUUCAGCUUUGAGCCCAAUUUCAACUCCUGUGGUCCGCAUGCCAGGACAUUCCAAGGCACCAAACAUUGUAUCACCUGUCUCUCGUCGUGCUACUCACCCAUCCUUACACCACAUCAUGAACACCGAGCACAUGGGACAGUUUGGAGCCUCAUCACAGGCGUCUGCGGGUGACAAGAGGCGCGAAUCGCUCGCCGUGUUUGGCGAGCUGCCAAUUGGUAGUCUCGUCCAUCACAAAGGACCACCUGACUGGGGUGUGAUCAAGAUCUCGAAUAUCCCCUACUCGGUCACCAAGCAGGAGAUUGUCCAAUUUGUUGGCCGUCAAGCUCGCCUGAUCAGUUCGGAUAAAGGCUGCCCUAUUCAUAUCAUCAUGGAACGGUCCACCGCCAAAACAAUGGAUUGCUAUGUUGAGUUCGAGACCCCCUCUGAUGCUCAAGAGACCGUCGAUCGUAUCAACAAGGUCUAUGAAGUCGGUCGUGCACCUCGCCUCGGAAACAGGCAUGUAGAGGUGGAGUUCAGCAACCAGGAUCAACUGUUGAAGGACCUCUUUCCCCGUGCCAAGUGCGUUGUUUGGAAUAAAGGCUUUCCCUGCGCCCUGGUCAAUACAGACCCUUAUUCCACUGGCUUUGCUGGUUUCUUCACUAGUGAGGAGAUCAUCGGGGCUAUUCGCCACGCUGAGAUACCCCAUCGUUCGCCGUUCUGUGUCAAAUGUCCUCAGCGCACGUACGAAUCCACCAUCAGCACCCUUUACAAGUUCCCGUGGUAUGCAACUGAACUGUACACCGUCGAUGACCGCAACCAGCUUUUUGAAUUGACCAACCGCCAUAUUCUAUCCCUUGUCUCUCGCAUCCAAAAGUCUAAUACUAUCGGCCUUGACCAGAGACUGUUGCGCAGCCUGCUACACGCGGGGCUUGAUUGCCCAGCCUUCAACGAUCGUCAGAAGUACACGCUCUGUGUCAACUCGGAGGACAUGUCGGAAAUAGUCAACUUUCCUGAUUUCGGUAAAUGGUUCCCCUUCGAUACUCUGGUUAGCUUGCCAAACGCCGAUCGUCAAGCUCUGCAGUACUACGCGGGUCUCAUCUCCAGAGGAACUGUCCCUGAGGGUGUGACCCGAGAUCUUCCCAACAAAUUUCCAGUGCAUAAUCGCGAUCUCUCCUCGCCAUUCGGUCGAAUCUGGUUUGAAUGGGAUGGGGAUGCCGCAAAGAGGGCGAUUUGGAACGAGGCGGUUCAUCACGAGAAGAUGGUUCUACGUCACCUCGUCAAGACUGGGUGGGAGAAUCACAAUGGACAGAAGAAGAUUGAUCAUACCGACGGCUCGCCUACCCCUACCCGUGGCAUCGAUGUCCAAAAGUCCAGCAAUCCAAGCGCUCCUUCGUCCGCGGCCCACCAGUCACGACUUCGUGCUGAAUCAACUUCGAGAGUUGAUGUCUUUGCUACACCCGCGCGGCGUCCAAGCAUGCAUAUGCCUCAUAACAACACUCCUGUUGAUCAGAACGAGAGCCCUUGGGGUCAGAAGCUUUUUUUUUACCCUUCGUCCAAGGCGCGCAACGGGUUUCCUGGUCAUAGGAUCACCCAGUCCUCUCCUAAUUGCAUCCCUCCAGAAGACGUCUAG